AUGUCCGAGGAGGCGGCCGGUAAAGGUGAGGCGGGCGAGGCGACGACAACGGCAACGGCGGCGCCGCACCACACCAACACGGUGGAUCAUAACAACGCCGUUAUUCGGAAGCGGCCACGUGUGGCGUGCCUGCGACAGAGCUUUUCCCGACAACUUUACCAAAUGAUUAUCCGGCAGCUGCACCAUGAUGGAUACCUGGGGGCGGCCGCGGCGGUGGCCGAUGCGACGGGGGUUGUGGUUCCACGGUUAGAGCAGAACGGCCAACGGCUGUCAAAGCUUGUCUCGAUGGGUUUGGCGCACGAGGCAAGCAACGUGACCGAGAUGGAGAACUUUCUCUCCUAUGAGGUGGUGGAGCGCUACCUUGGCGCCUCCAAGUUGUACGUGCCGCUGCACCUCACGGAGAGUUCAACGGUGGGUCAAAUGGCGUACCGAAUGCGGGAACGCUUUACGACCUCGUCACUCGGCGGGGUCGUGCGUCGCGUCAGCAUGUCACCGGACGGUUCGCUGGUAGCCUGUGGUGGAACCAACGGCCUGUGUGUUGUGUUCUCGCUCAAGACGAUGGAAGACCUUAUGGCUUUGGAGGAGGUGCGGCAGGAAAACCAGUUCCGUGGCUUGGACGGCAGCGGCAGCGGCGGCGGCGGCAGUGGGAGUGGAAGUGGUGGGAAUGUGGGGGUGCGUAACGCAAGCAACAAAAUCACUGAACUGGCCGAGGCGCGACGCUUUCACGAGCACACGCAGUCAGUUGAGGCCAUGCACUUUCAUCCGUCACGACCGCUCUUGUUGACAGGUGGGCGCGAGGGGGAUUUGUACCUGCGGGACUACAGUCAACCGAACAAUAAGGUGCUACAUAAGCUGCAUGACACCUUUCCCAUCCGAUCGGCCGUUUUUCAUCCCUCGGGUGAAUAUAUACUUUACGCCACAGACCACACCGCCCCGAGACUGUUGAAUUUGCGCACAUGGAAAUUAAUGACACCCACCACAGCCACCAACAAGGAGGGCAGCGCGUCAGCCAGCAACCCCGCCACUGGCAGGAGUGGGAUGCCCAAUAGGGGAGGCUUCUACAGAAGGGGGACCGACGACAGCCACGCAGCUGCCCUCUGUGACGUGGACUUUUCUGCAGAUGGACGCCUGUUUGCCUCCUGUGGCCUUGAUGGUUCUCUUAUUGUGUACGACGGCGUCAGCAGUCGCCCGGUGGCCAAGGUAAACAAUGCCCACUCGAGUGUACCCGUGACAAGCGUGAAGUUCAGUCGUACGGGUAAUUUUAUUCUUUCGGCAGGAAUGGACUCUGUCGCUAGACUCUGGGAUUUGCGCCGUUCCGAUGGUGGCUGUGGCACAGUGGAGGUGAUGUCGUUUGGCGAGCCUGGAAAGUGUAACCACCGCAGCAUCCAUGCCGCUUUUAGCUGCAACGAGAGCCACGUGCUUCUUCAGGACACAUCCCUUUUUGCGAUCCACUCCUACUGUGUUUACUCUAGCGAUAAAUCCUACUCCUUGGUGGUACCAAAUCACAUGCAGCGGGGGUUUGCGGCGGCACCGUUUUGCAACACCGUGGUGAGCGGUGGCGAUGAUUGUCGUGUCCGCCUGUGGACACCCGCGUGGGCGGCCGCGUGA